AUACAAAAAUCGAAAAGAAAGAGAGAGAGAGAAAAAGAAAGGAGAAGGGGCUAGGGUUUUGGCGUCCGAAAUCGCAGCCAUCGACGCCGCCGCAUCCAACUCCGGCGAGGGAGAGGAUUCAGGCCUGAGGCAGUAGUAGUAGGCGGCGGCGGCGGCCCCUAAUCUCCUUCCUCGGUAGCGCAGAUGGCGUCCGGAGGCCCGGCGCUCGAGUCUCUCGUCAACCAGGUCAUCUCCGUCAUCACCAACGAUGGCCGCAACAUCGUGGGCACGCUCAGAGGAUUUGACCAGGCCACCAACAUUAUCCUCGACGAGUCCCACGAGAGGGUCUAUUCGACAAAGGAGGGAGUCCAGCAACUUGUUCUUGGUUUGUACAUUAUCAGGGGUGACAACAUAAGCGUUGUGGGUGAGGUGGAUGAAGACCUGGAUGCAAGGUUGGAUCUGUCGAAGCUACGAGCGCACCCACUGAAGCCAGUCAUCCACUGACCGCUGCUGCGAGAUCAGACACACUUGUUUCGUGGGUAGUCUGAGGACCGGAUAGAUGAGUCGGUAUUCUGAUUGUUGAAUGCAGGAUGUAAGCACCAUCAUCGAGGGGGACGGGACUACUGAGUAAUAUGAACAUUGUAUCUUGCUUAUUGUUGUGAAUCAAUGAGUGUGUGUUGGCACAGUUGACUA